AUGGCUGUGUCUAGGUUCGAUUAUGCUUUGUUUGGUGCUGCAUUACAUGAUCUCGAAUCCAUUGAAAGCUGGUUUCGUCGUGAGAGAGAGUAUCCUGAGUAUCGUGGCCUCUGGAAGAUGAGGAUGGAGCUGAAACUUCUCAGAACAUUUUAUACCUGUGCCCGUGAGUGGGGCAGCAAGUAUGGAUUUUUGGAACAUGAGCAAGAUAAGCAUGCAAGUCCGAGAGUUAUCUUGAUGACGAUUGAAGAUCUUGUUUGCAAAAUUUCCAAUGAAGCUCACUCCCUUUGUCUUGCAUCAGAUCACGAUUAUAGCCUGGUUUUGAACAUGAUAUCUGGUUUUAGAACAACCGUAAGGGCUAUGAAACGAGAUGUUGUAAAACUGUCAUUCAUGUUUUCAGCAAACUCUCUGGAAUAUCGACUCGUGGAUAUGAUUCCUAUCGUGAUUACUAAUUUUUUGGAAAAUCUGAUGGAUCUUCUCUGCUGUGUCAAUGAUGAAGCUCUGCUUCAACUAAUCGAAGCCCUUGUUGAUAAGCUAAAGUUUUUCAACAAUUUCAUUCGCUUUACCAGGACGCAAGGUGUUGACUUUAUGCAAUCCAAGGACUUGUAUAGCCAUGUUGAAUUUGUUGCUGUCAAAGCAGCACGGCUGAUCUUCAUGUGGGGUUUUUAUUUCAGAAAUGAUGGAGAACUGCUCGCUCAGGUGCAAUUGGAAAAGACUCAGCUGCUUGAGAAGAUUAAGCUUGUUGAUCCUCACAUUGGACAGAUUUGUGUCCAACUCCUUACAGCUGCAAAAUUAUCAGGAUCAUCGAUAAUUCUGACUUCCAAGAAGAAUGGGGAUAUAGCAGCAGAAUUCAUUGAUUCUCUGCUGUGUAGACUUUGGGGGCUAUUUGAUUAUGAUUCAAGCUUUAUGAUUUCUCCCAAGGACCAAAUCCAAAGACUUUAUGAAGGACUAAGAUUCCUGAGAACCAUUCUCCUUCAGCAGUACAAGGUCAAAGAGCUACUUGACAAAAUACAGUAUCACUUAAGACUUGUGGUCAUUGAUGCUGGAACAAUAGUUUGCUCCAUUUCUCGGAAUGAAUUGAAAGAAGGCUUGGCCAAGGAAAAGGAUCUUCUCCUUUUUGAUUUGUUGAAAUUGAUCAAGUAUAUUAAGUCAAGAGUUGCACAAGAGUACCUGUUAACAUCAUCAUCUAGUUUUCCUACAACCAAUGAGUUGGGUUUUUUGGAUUCUCUCCAAGAGAAACUAGAGCAAUUAUCAAAGUGCGAGGCAGAUUCAGUUGCUUUUCCAAAGGAUUGCAUCCAUAUAUUUCUGGAAAAUCUUCUAAUCUUGAGAUCUUUCCUGAAUAAUAUUGUGCACCAGCGAAACCAGAACGUAAAACUUCAAACUCUUUGGAGUCGUGUUAUGGAGGUGGCUUACAAGGCAGAGAUUAUAAUUGACUAUGUGGCAGUAGGUGAUAGACCUGAUUGUUAUCCGAUGUCAUUCGAUGCCAUCAAUGAAGACAUCAACUUUAUUAAAACUGAGGCCUUAGAGAUCUAUGACAGGAUGCAGCCUGAUAUUGGAGGCCAGAAAACUACCAAUUCUUAUAGUCACAUGCCAUCACAGGUUAGCACUCCUAUACUCGAUGAAGUUGUGGUGGGAUUGGAUGAUGAGGCAGAAACAGUUAUUGAGAGACUUACAAGAGGAACAAGGCAGUUGGAUGUUGUUCCAAUCGUGGGUAUGGCUGGACAAGGUAAGACAACAUUGGCCAAAAGAGUAUACAAUGAUCAGUUAAUUAUGUGCCACUUUCAUGUUCGUGCAUGGUGUUGUGUUUCACAAGGAUAUCAGAGGCUAAGUUUGUUAUUAAAAAUCUUAAGUGAUAUUAUGGAUAAGCUUCCUAACCAAUAUUUACAGAUGAAUGAAGAUGAUUUGGCUGUAGUUCUCUACAAACAAUUGAAGGGAAACAGGUAUCUGAUAGUUUUGGAUGAUAUAUGGGGCAUUGAGGCAUGGAAUGGGAUGGAAAGAUCUUUCCCCAAUGACGCCAAUGGAAGUAGAGUUCUCUGUACAAGUCGCCUUCACAAUUUGUCAUCAGAAUUUAAGCAAGAUUGCAAAGCUCACCCACUUCGCCUACUCACUGAUGAAGAGAGUUGGGCUUUACUACAGCAUAAGUUGUUUGCCAAGAAAGCUUGUCCUCCACAACUAUGUGCUCUUGGGAAGCAAAUAGCAGAGAGUUGUAAGGGGCUACCUCUUGCUGUUGUUGUUGUUGCUGGAUUUCUUGCAACAAUACAGCAAUAUCGCUGGGAAGAAGUUGCAAGAAGUCUAAGUUCCAGCGUUCUUUCUGACAAUGAACUCUGCAUGAACACAUUUGAGUUGAGCUAUAGACACUUACCUGAUUAUUUGAAGCCAUGCUUUCUAUAUUUUGGUGCAUUUCAGGAAGACCAAGAAAUUCCCAUCCAAAGGUUGGCAUUGCUAUGGAUCUCUGAAGGAUUUGUGCAGAAGACUGGGGCAAAGAGCUUAGAGGAUGCAGCAAAUGAGUACUUGAUGGAUCUCAUUGAUCGAAGUUUAGUAAUGGUUAGCCAACAAAGAUCCAUUGGUGGGGUGAAAACUUGCCAAAUUCAUGACUUGUUGCAUGAAUUUGUCAUCAGGAAAGCCAAAGAAGAAAGUUUUUUGCAUAUUUUACGUGGGUAUGAUGAGCUUUAUACUUUCACUGCACCAUACAACCCAUACAGGUUGGGUAUCUAUGCUGAUGCAAUGGCCUUUAAGAAGUCGAGGCUCUUCUGUCCUCAUUUACGCUGUUUGCUCUUCUUUUCUAAGACUCCUUUUGCUCUUGAACAGAAGCAUGAUUUUUCAUUCAUGUUUCGGAUAUUUAAACUUCUCAAAGUGUUGGACUUAGGGGACUAUGAUCUUGGUCAGAGCUUUCCAUUGGAGGUAGUAUUGCUGGUUCACUUGAGAUACUUGGUGAUUCAAUGUAGUGUAAAGUCCAUUCCGUCUGCGAUAUGCAAACUCUCGAGGUUAGAAACUUUUCAGUUGAAGGGAGCCACAACUUGUGUUGCGUUGCCAAACACAAUCUGGAUGAUGAAGGAACUGAGGCAUCUAAGCAUUGCAAGUUCUCGUUGCUCCUUUGGUUUUAUAUUUCCCACUGACGAUCUUGAAAGAUACCCAGAUUUGUCUCAAUUAGGCAGCUGUAUCCUUGCAAUCGAUUGCUGCAAUGGUCAAAGUUUUGCAAAGAUACUGGCAAAGUUACCAAACAUCCGUAGACUAAAAUGCGUAUAUGCGUCAAAAGAGGACAUUCCUGUGCAUUGCUGUAAGGAAAUUGUGCUGGACCGUCUGAGCCGACUACAAUCACUCCGCAUGGCUCGAUUUUGGGCAUUUAAACUGGAUUUCCCCGUUAAUUUGAGAAAAUUGACUCUCUCAAGCAAUAAGCAGCAGUGGAGUGAAAUUUCAGAAAUUGCAAAGCUGCCCAAUCUAGAGGUGCUCAAAUUACUUAAUCGGUCCUUUGUGGGAAAAGAAUGGGAAGUGACAGAAGGGGCAUUCCCAAAGCUGAGAUUCUUGAAACUGGAAGACUUGGAAAUCGUCAGAUGGACAGCCUCUGGCGAUGAUUUCCCCCCACUUGAGAAGCUGGUUUUAUGCAGUUGUCGGAUGCUGGAAGAGGUCCCUUCUUGUUUAGGGGACAUUCCAACUAUUGAAAUGAUUGAGAUCAGAUCGUGUCACAAGUCUGCUGUGAAUUCGGUAAAGCAAAUUCAAGAAGAACAGAUGGACUUGGGAAAUAAGGGUCUAAAGGUUGUAAUUCAUUAA